AUGUCUCCUCCUGCUGCUAUCUUCGAGCCUGCUACUGCCCCCACUGGCAUCAAGACUAAGAAUGUUGUCCCCGAGACUACUUCUACCGUCCUGACCGGCCAGGGCCAGAGCAAGCUGUUGGAACAGUUCGGCGGCAAGUGGGACGAGUUCAAGUUCGCUCCUAUCCGCGAGAGCCAGGUCUCUCGCGCGAUGACUCGCCGUUACUUUCAGGACCUGGACAACUACGCCGAGAGCGAUGUUGUCAUCGUCGGCGCCGGCUCCUGUGGCCUGAGCACCGCCUACGUGCUCGCGAAGGCCCGUCCGGACCUGAAGAUCGCCAUUCUUGAGGCUUCCGUCUCUCCAGGUGGCGGUGCCUGGCUCGGCGGCCAACUCUUCUCCGCAAUGGUCCUCCGCCGUCCAGCGGACGUCUUCCUGACAGAGCUGGGCGUGCCCUACGAAGAGGAGCCCAACAACCCCAACUUCGUGGUCGUCAAGCACGCCGCCCUUUUCACCUCGACCCUGCUGUCGCGCGUCCUUUCCUUCCCCAAUGUGAAGCUCUUCAACGCUACCUGCGUUGAGGACCUGAUCACCCGGCCCGAUGGCGACGGAGUGCGUCUCGCUGGUGUGGUCGUCAACUGGACGCUCGUGACCCUGCACCACGACGACCACUCCUGCAUGGACCCCAACACCAUCAACGCGCCCGUCAUCAUCAGCACCACCGGUCACGACGGCCCCUUCGGCGCUUUCUGUGCCAAGCGCCUUGUCUCCAUGAACACCAUCGAGAAGCUCGGUGGUAUGCGUGGCCUGGACAUGAACCUUGCGGAGGAUGCGAUUGUCAAGAACACCCGUGAGGUCACCAAGGGCCUUAUCAUCGGUGGUAUGGAGCUGUCUGAGAUCGAUGGCUUCAACCGCAUGGGCCCUACCUUUGGUGCGAUGGCUAUGAGCGGUGUCAAGGCUGCUGAGGAGGCUCUCAGCAUCUUUGAUGAGCGCAAGCGCGAGUGUGCUGAGUAG